UAAUGUGGUUGUACCUCCCAGAGGUAUAAUUGGCUCUAAGCAUUUGGCUUUAUGAACGAACCCUCAGGCUUGCACAAAUUGCAUAUGUGCUUGGGGCUCUCUAAACUGAUUAGACUAUUGCUAUAUCAGUAGCUGUUGCAAGGUUGAGAGUCAGUCUAGUCUUGGAUAUUACAGCAGUGUGCUGCACGGGUGCUCUCUUGGACUCUUAUAUUGGCAUCUUUGACAAUGAGGAUGACAGGCUUUGUGAUGUGCUGGUUCUUGGCAAGCAGCAUGUACUGGACGGUUGUAGAAAUGACAAGUGAUGGCCCUCAGGAAGAUCUUGAAGACAGUUCCUCAACUGUCACACAGUUUCGGAGUUGUUUUGAUGGUUAUCGUCACGGUUCACUUUGGAUUGAGCAGAACUGCACUCUGUGUACAUGCAAUGAUGGACAAACCAACUGCAAACCAGAUCCUACAUGCUGUGAAAGGCGUGAUCGGAAGUUAAAUGUGACUCGAUACUACAGACAUGGAGAGCAGUGGAGAGAUGGAUGUUCAAUGUGUUCAUGCAGUAAUGGUGUAGAACAAUGUCCAAUAAAAGAGUGUUUGACCGUUCAACCACCACGUGGACCUGAUCUCGACUGUCCAUACCCACACUUAGUUACUGAUGAGUGUGGCUGUCGUGUGCUCAAUUGUUACAACAGUUGCAGAGUUGAGGAGCAUGCGAAUCAGGGACGUCUCAAUCAUGCCAAGUCAAACAGACACGGGCAACUUUGGAAUGAAUUCAAUGCAAAGGGGAAGUGUGUAGAAUGUCUCUGUAUUCAUGGUACGAAACUGUGCAGACCCGAACGCAAGUGCCCAACAAAUAUUGAUGAGGACAUCUGUUCAAUGUCUGAAUGGAGUAGUUGGGACAGGUGCAGUCAGACCUGUGGGCAUGGAACCUCAACAAGACAUCGAGUAGUACUCACCAAACGAAUGGAAAACUCAACUUGCCCUCCAACUACUGAUAUGCGUCUUUGCUACGUAAGACAGUGUCCUGAUCCUGAACCACCUGACAAUGAGGUGAUAACUAAUCUUAAAGAUAAGCCUGGUCACUUACUCGUGGUGAGAGACAACAGUGGAUGUCGAAGUGUCCACAGAGUUAAAACUACACUUUGCAGCAAGGACAAAUGCAAACGGUUUGCUUUACACAACAGGCCAAUCGUUGAGGAGACGAUCAAAGUUCCUAUGGUGUGCAAGAACAAUGGUAGACCAAUUCAUCACAAAUUCUUUGCUCAAGUGAAGGCUUGUGGUUGCAUGCCAUGAUGAUUGACUUGAGUUGGUAUAGAUAGCGAUUGGUUCAACUAGGUUGAUUUGGUCUUUCCUACAAUAUCAUAUUAUCUUCUAAUGAAAGACAAGCUGGUCUAUGAUCAAGUUUUGAUACUAAGGAGGCUAUUUAGUAAGGAUGUAUUGACUUUAAUAUAUUGAUAUGUAUUGUGAUACA